AUGUGGGGCACUUUGGGGAGCCUCAAUACGGAUUGCUUGUUCCGGCAAAAGGCACGAGGUGACCGCAAUACCCGCUCGGCCCUGCUUGUUGCCAGGCAGUCUGGCAGCCAUGCCAGGUUCUCCUGCUUUCUGCGGGUUCCUCGCAGCCUGCCCAAGCUGUCCCCAGCUGUGCUACUGGUCUUGCCUCGCAGUCUUCUCCCACUGGGCCGGGUGGCAGCCUUGUGGGCAGGGCCAGCCUUGGUGGGACUGGGCGCUGGCUUCAGCAAGAGGGUCUUCUGCCAGGAGGCCCAAAAGAUUGAGGUGGUGUGUAUCCCCCCACCUGUGGACAAAGAGCCAGACUUCGACUGGGCCAUGUUCUGGAAGUUCCUGCGCCCUCAACUACUGACGCUGACAGCAGCGGUCUUGUUUGCCUUCGGUGCUGCGAUGCUCAACAUACAGAUCCCAUUGUUACUGGGCCAGAUGGUGAAUGUGGUGGCAAAGCACAUGCGUGUGGGCGAUUACCUGCGCUUAGUGCGUGAACCUGCCCUGCGCCUACUGAGCCUCUAUGGGCUGCAGGGCGCAAUGACCUUUGGGUAUAUCCUGCUGCUGUCAUGGAUUGGGGAGAAGGUGGCUAACAGCAUGCGGAAGCAGCUGUUCUCCUCCUUUCUCAGGCAAGAGGUGGCAUUCUUCGAUGCCAAUCAGACGGGGCAGCUGGUGAAUCGCCUGACUGCAGACAUCCAAGAAUUCAAAUCUUCUUUCAAACUGGUCAUCUCUCAGGGUCUACGCAGCCUCACUCAGACCGUGGGCUGUUUUGUGUCUCUUUACUUGAUUUCACCCAAGCUGACUGGGCUGCUUGUUGUGGUGAUGCCGAUAUUGAUUGGGAUCGGGACCUUUAUUGGCACCUCCCUUCGCAGGCUGUCCCGCAAGGCCCAAGAGCAGGUGGCCAAGGCCACGGCUGUGGCAGAUGAGGCUCUGGGUAAUGUCCGGACGGUGAGGGCCUUUGCCAUGGAGCCCAAAGAGAUCCAAGAAUAUUCAGCUGAAGUUGAUAUUUCCAGCCGCCUCAAUAUGAACUUGGGGCUGGGCAUUGCCUUCUUCCAGGGGCUCUCCAAUGUGGCCCUGAAUUGUAUUGUGCUAGGCACCAUCUUUGUAGGUGGCUCCCUCAUGGCCGGGCAAGAGAUGACACCCGGGGACCUCAUGUCCUUCCUGGUUUCCUCCCAGACUGUGCAGCGGUCCAUGGCCAGCAUGUCUGUGCUGUAUGGUCAGGUGCUACGGGGGAUGAGUGCUGGGGCCCGUGUGUUUGAAUUCAUGAACCCGUCGGCAGACGCCCCUCUGUGCGAGAGGGAGCAGCUUGCCUGCAGUAUGUUGAGUGGGCACAUCGAAUUCCAGGAUGUCACUUUCAGUUAUCCCACUCGGCCAGGCUACAAGGUGCUGGAAAACUUCACCCUCAACAUCCCUGCUAACAAGACGGUGGCUAUCGUGGGACAGUCUGGUGGUGGGAAGUCAACCGUGGCUGCUCUCCUGGAGCGGUUCUAUGAACCUACAAAGGGUAUCAUCCUUCUGGAUGGGCGUGAUAUUCGCACUCUUGACACUGCCUGGCUCCGGGGAGAAGUCAUUGGGUUCAUUAACCAGGAGCCAGUGCUGUUCAGCACAACCAUCAUGGAGAACAUCCGCUUUGGCAAACCGUGUGCAUCUGACGCGGAGAUUUAUGCUGCUGCCCGUCUUGCGAAUGCCGACAGUUUUAUUCGCAGUUUUCCCGAUGGCUACAACACUACUGUGGGGGAGCGUGGAGUGACUUUGUCAGCAGGCCAAAAGCAACGAGUUGCCAUCGCCCGGGCACUGAUUAAGAAUCCCAAAGUGCUGAUCUUGGAUGAGGCCACAAGUGCCCUAGAUGCAGAAUCAGAGCACGUGGUCCAAGAGGCCUUGGAUCGGGCCGUGGCUGGCCGCACCGUGCUGGUAAUUGCCCAUCGCCUCAGCACAGUGAAGGAGGCAGCGCUCAUUGUGGUCCUGUCCAAGGGCCGCGUGGCUGAGGCCGGGACACAUUCCGAGCUAUUACGGAAGGGCGGCAUCUAUGCAGAGCUGAUCCGCCGCCAAACCAAGGAUGUUUGAAGAAGGCAAAGCUGCUCAGUUCCUGGAGGUGGAGCCUCUUUCUGCCCUCUUUUGCCCAGCAUCCGGCAGCAGCCCCACCCGAGUUGGUUGCUCAGGGGAAGGCCCAGAGCCUGUUGCUCUGGGGUGCCCUGUUGUAAGUUUCAGGGAACAUUGCUUUACUGUCCCAAUGUGGAAGGAAGCCGUGUGCACUUUUUCACUUGAGUUUUUCAAAUACAGCCUUUUGUAUUUGAGUGUAUGUUGUCUUUGCUUUACAGUGGUGCACGAAGCACUGCUUUUAAAUGAAAGCUGGAUAAUGCAAGGCAGAAGUAUUGGUGGACAGCAGAGCCCUGGGCAAGGGGAAAGCGCUCAAGCAUUUUGGGAGUGGUGGCCGGGCUUCAGAUCUCCUACAUCCACAGCAUUCAGGAAGCUUCAAAUCCUACUGAUAAAGCACUGGCAACUAGAAACAGCAACUGAUUAUCAACACCAUUGAAAAUGAGGGAUGUUGUGUGCCCAGCCAAGUAGUCCACUGGAUGAGUGCCUUGCCUGUCAUUCUUCCUCAAAAUGCCUUUACCCUGUACGUCACCCAAAAUAGUCACUGCAGGGGCUUCCAGGAGACAGAGGUGUCUGUCCUUGCGGUCUGGCAUGAGGAGGCGAUGGGGAGGGAAGAGGAAUGAGAAGCAGCUCCAGUCACACCGAGAAGAGAGGUGCUCCUUCUGGGGCUGAUGGGGGAUUGGGGAAACUGCUCGGGUGCCUCCCUGCCCCCAGCUGGAGCAGCACAGGCUGAGAGAACCUGCAGGCCACCAGCUUCUGAAAGGGCACCUGUUGGGGCGGUUGACCCCCUCUUGCCUGGAUUCAGGAUGGGGGAUGCAAGAACUAUGACUCCCACUGACCUCCACAGCAGGGACAGUGAUGGAGACCUUAAAGCACCCUCAGAGGUGAGAGGUUGCGUGGGGAUUUGGUAAUUCAACAGGCACCCCACUAGUUGUGCCCUUUGAGCCUCUGGCCAGGAGGAACAAACUGGGACUGUGUUACAGGACUGAGUCCAGGGGUGGAGAAACGGUUACUUUCCAAAGCCCCCUCACUUGCCCAUUAUGUGGGGAGGGCCAAUUCUGUCUCACCCUGUCCAAUCUGCUUUAGUUCCACUUUGAUGUUGCAGGGACCUUUGCAGCUGCUGAAAUCGGUUGCUCUCCAGAUGCUUUGCAGAACAAUGGAGGGACCAGGGCAAAGGUUGCGUCCCAGCAAACUGAAGGACACCCCCCAUCCCUUUCUAAAAUAGGGUAGGGUCAGCAGGAGAGUGAUGGAUGAUCCUCCCUGCAGCAGUUCCCCCAGCGGAGGAAGAGGUCUGUAUCUGGGGGGUGGGAAAGGGCCAGAUUGCCACCUCCAGCACAGCAGUCCCGGGGUUUUGCUCCUGAGAGGAACAGCAGCAAAGGAGAAGCCGUGAUGCUCUUGGGCUCAGUCUCUUGCCAUGUUCCCCUGGGACGCCUGCUGCCCUGCAGAGGGCAGCCCCCCCCUGAGAAUCAGCCCUUCCCCAGGGUGGCAGCCCCCCUCCUUUCUGCUUCUGGAAUGGGAUGCUCCAGAGCGUGGCUGUAGCCUAACAACAGGACCGACCCAUUUACACUGACAGGGACCUGCCAGCAGAUCAGAUGUGUAGGAUUUUCUGCCCUGAAACCCCACUUUCUCUAAAAACCUUUGUCCUCCCGUUGUUUGGGGUUGACCCAAACCUCUUUCUUGUAAAGCAGGUACCCAACAAUGGUUCAGUAAAGAGCUGGCAGUUUCUCCUCCGUGUUGUGCUCCUCCUGAGUUUUCCACAACACUGAGAACCGGGUGCCCCUGGAGAGCUGCCUAGAGUGGAGCUGGAAAACUGCCCCUUCCUGGCUGAACCUCCUCCCUUCCAAGCCUACUUUGCCCACAGAAGCUCCCGAGCGGCUCUCCCUUGCGGCCUUUCCGGGUGGGCCUGACAAACUGGCCGCUGCCAUCGCGGCUGCCUGCUGGGGCCCAUCCCUGGGCCACACGGACCGGCUGUCAGGGGCGGCACACGCGUGACUUUAAACCGAGCCGCUGUGCUCGCGUGCCCGAACCAGCCGGCCUUAUCUCGGCUGCCACCCUAAUUCGGAGGACGCACGAAGGCAAGAGCCGCUUCGCACGGCAAGGUUAACAGCCGCCUGUCCGCACGCGCGCACGC